AGGAUUAAGGAGGUCGUAUAAAGCAGCCGCUAUCACGUCUUUUUUAUCCUUCUCUGCUAACAGCAGCCAGCUGCACAAAGGGGACGGGGAGAGAUGGUUUCGCUUAAGCUCCAGAAGCGGCUCUCUGCGAGCGUUCUAAAGUGCGGAAAAGGAAAAGUAUGGCUUGAUCCAAAUGAGGUCAACGAAAUCUCCAUGGCCAACUCCCGACAGAACAUAAGGAAGCUGGUUAAAGAUGGUUUUAUCAUCAGGAAGCCAACCAAGAUUCACUCUCGUUCACGUGCCCGUCGAAUGAAGGAAGCCAAGAGAAAGGGACGUCACUCUGGAUAUGGUAAGCGCAAGGGUACAAGGGAGGCAAGGCUGCCCACAAAGGUCUUGUGGAUGAGAAGGAUGCGUGUUCUCAGACGGCUGCUUCGCAAAUAUAGGGAAUCAAAGAAGAUUGACAAGCACAUGUACCAUGACAUGUACAUGAAAGUCAAGGGUAACGUCUUUAAGAACAAGAGAGUCCUCAUGGAGAGCAUCCACAAAUCUAAGGCUGAGAAAGCCAGGGAGAAGACGUUGUCUGACCAGUUUGAAGCUAAGAGGGCUAAAAAUAAGGCAAGCAGGGAAAGAAAAUUUGCUAGGAGGGAGGAGCGUUUGGCCCAGGGACCUGGAGGAGAUAAGCCAGUAGCGGCAGCA